CAAUUGCGUAUUAUUAUUAUUAUUAUUAUUAUUAUUAUUAGUAGUAGUAGUAGUAGUAGUAGUAUUAGCAUUAGUAUUAGCAUUAGUAUUAUCCGUAGGGUAUUGUACACUUUUUUUUAAAUUUUAUCCUUUUUAAACAUCCACUUCCGGUGUCGUUGUAGGAAAAUGCGAUAGUGUUCCAUCCUCGGCUCAGAGAGGAUCUUUCAUGAUGAAAUGUAAUUUUGGAUAAACAGCACUAUGGAAGUGUUUUUUAUUUCCUACUACACAUUUUGUUUGUUUUAUGAAGAUGAGAAGCGCCUGAACAUUUCAGAGCCGUGUUUAGCUGCGGUCUAAUCUUCCUGAUUUCUUUACAGUCUUUCUGCCAUAACAAUAAUGGAAGGAGUUCUGUACAAGUGGACAAAUUACAUGACAGGAUGGCAGCCACGCUGGUUUGUGCUGAACAACGGAAUCAUUUCGUAUUACGACUCCCAAGAUAAUGUGUGCAAAGGCAGCAAGGGCAGCAUAAAGAUGUCAGUGUGUGAAAUUAAAGUUCAUCCUACUGAUAAUACCAGACUGGAGCUGAUCAUACCAGGAGAGCAGCAUUUCUACGUGAAGGCUGUAAAUGCCGCUGAGAGACAGAAGUGGCUGGUGGCCCUAGGCAGCUCGAAGGCUGGGCUUGCUGACACAAGAACCAAAAAAGAGAGAGAAUUAACAGAGACCACAGAGUCUUUAAAAACCAAGAUGUCAGAACUGCGUCUGUACUGUGACUUGCUCAUGCAACAGGUUCACACCAUUCAUGAGUCAGUGGGGCAGGAGGGAGACCAGUCCGAGACGAGGAACGAGGCGUCGUCGUUGUUGAGCGCCACGUGUAAUACCUUCAUUCAGACACUGGAGGAAUGUAUGAAGAUCGCUAAUCUGAAGUUCCAGACAGACAUGCUGCAGUCGAGUCCUUCCGACCCGCUCAUGUCACCCGUCUCCCCGUCUCCUGUCCAGAUGGCCAGAAUGAAACGCUCCAUCAGCCAUCCAGGCACGUAUAGCUACGACAGGUCCAGUGCAACGAUAGAGCACAGGUCAUCACAGAGACGCACACGGACAUGCUCAGACACGGAGGCUGUCAGUGACGGAGGCACAGAGGAGAUGGAGCGUCCUUUGCUGUUGCCCAAAGCCAGUGUAAACGGCGACGCAGCCCCAGUAAUUCCCGAAGAGAUCGGCAUGGGGACGUGUUUAAUAAUGGAAACGGACACUCCCGAGUCAGACUUGUCGCUCUGAGCUGAGAUAUUUUUUUUUUUCCCGAAGGUACCCGAGCCGGAGGAAACACGCCGACGUGCAGCUACUGUUUGCAGCUCCGCAUUACUGAUCUUUAGGAAGUAUUAUUUCUCUCAGUGAAGAAUUUCAUUGCACUUUAACAUUUAAGGAAAUGGCAGAAAACAAAUUUUGAAUGUUUGUAUGCCCCCCCCCAAAGUCGUUUUAUUUUAGUUUUCCAGAUGAAUGUUGUUUGGUUUGUGAAUGAUGAAGAGUACAGAAAUCCACUUUGGAUUUCAUAAGUGACGUGUAGCCUUCUUUUUUUUUGGUAUUAUUUUGGAGAGAACCUUGAUGAGUAAGGUUUUAGUUACAGUGCCAAGUGAGUGGCGAUACUGUGAGUGCAUUAAAGGGUAAUUCUACCUUUUUUUCCUUCAAAGUUUCUGUAUAAUCUGCUGAGUGGGAAUUCAACACUGAAAACUAAAAUCUUACAUGUAUGCCUGGCUGUUUUUUUUGUUUUUUUUAACAAUAAUUCUAAAUCUUUAGAUUCAGAGACACAGGGUCAAAACCAUGCCAGGCGUUGGUGUUGAUUAUGUAGCAUAUAACUUGGUAAAUUACACGCUGCAGAUAGUCGUGGAAAAAUGAUGACCAAAUAGCGAAAUAUUUCCGAUUUGCCACAAUAAAUUUCAACAAAUAAAUCUGCACUUUAAUCUCUCUAACUGAGCAAAUUAUGCUGACAUUUUGAAAAAUCAGUGGAAUUUCCCUUUAUUUCUUUUUUUUUUUUUUUUUUGCUUUGUUGUGCACUUGGCAUGCUUCAGUGUUUACUCAGUUAUUAUGCAAAUACACCUUUUUUUUGUAUUUAUUACAUUGCCAGAUUUUCCCCACUAUUUACCAUUUAUCAUUUUGCCUUAAAAUCAAUUUGUUGCAUGGAGGAUGUGUUGAUAUAUUAUGUCUGAAAAAAAUUGCAUAAAAAAUAAAUUGUAUGAUUUUAUUUUUUAUCUUUUAUCUAAGAUGUACGUGUACAUGACGUUACUGCUGAACAUCCUGCCUGAGAAUGAAGCUGAGAGAGUGAACUGCACAUUUUUUACCACAACUUUAACCCCAGAUCUUCAUUAAACCCCAGAACUUCAUUAAAUAUUGCCUGAUGCCAUAUUUACUUAUUAGAUUAUCAGUUCUGGAUUAGAAUUUUUCCCACAAAACAAAAAGGACAAGGAUAAUUGAAAUGGUUACGUGACAAUAUGAAGAGGUUCAUAAUUGCAAGAAUUUCAGAAUAAAUCUAUUUUUGAACCAAUCCUCCACUUUAUGUAAAGCUCAGCUAAAGGAGAACAGAAACAGAAAGAUGCCAUCACACAUGAUUUUCCUUCCUUGAACUUUUCUAUUUCCUUUUCUUUUAUGAUUUUGUAAUAUUUAGUAAAGCACUCUUACCGCAGCUCAGAGAGAAUAAAUAAAGUGGAUUUGGAGCAGUGUA